AUGGAGCCCACAUCUGGUGAGCGGCCGGCUAAGCGAGUGCGGCAAGCUUGUGAACCAUGCAGACGCAAGAAGGCAAAAUGCCCCGGAGAGCAGCCAGUAUGCUCUCUAUGCUCCCGCUUGAACCAAAGAUGUGCAUAUGCUGGAGAGCACAGAAGGUCGUUGACAGCUGGUCUUGCCGUCUCUGGGGAACCGGCUCCUACCCCUUCCAAUUCAGAAAGUAAGCUCUCUCAGAUACUGGAAGAACGGCUUGGAAAUCUGGAGGCCCGAAUGGGUCAGGUUCUCGACGCCUUGGGGCAAAGCACCACUAGACAAGAGCAACGGGCAACUGCUCCUACGGCUUCCAUAAGCAGCGCCAUGGCCUCGUCGAUGCUAAAUCCAACCACGCCCUUCCCUACGUGGGAGAAAGUGAUGUCAAUAGCUGAGCUGUAUCUGAUAUAUUGUGACGCCCAGCCUCUUCCACUUUUCUAUAGGGACAGCUUCCUCAGCACGCUAGGGAGCCGUGACCCAGAGAUCAUAUAUGCUAUGUUGGCGCUGAGUAUCCGUUUCUCCGACGAUAUCAGCUUCACUACCAACGAUCUUACAUCGAUAAUCAACGGCUAUACGGAGGUGGCCAGAGGCUUGGUUAUGAAGAGAGUCUCGGAAGGACCUAUAGAGCUUUCAACCUUGCAAAGCUUAUGCCUUCUAAGUUUGGUCGACUUUGCCAAUGGGAAUGCGCAUCGUUCAAGCAUUCAUUGCAGUUUAGCGAUGAACUUAGCGCAAUGUGCCAAUUUUGGUUCAGAGUCUCAUUUGGUGCAGUCCCCUACUGCACGCGAAGAACGCAGACGCUGCUUCUGGAGUAUUUGUCUUCUGAAACGCCUUCACGGGGUUGAUUUUGAUAACCUGGAUUUUGCCGACGGCUGCUUUCCUCCCUUUCCAGAAAGCCCAAGCCGGCCGGCACCGACAAGCUCGCUAAGCGAUGGGACGAAUGAAACCCGGUCAUCAGGCAUGCAGGAUCAGGGUAUAAUAGCCUACGUGAUCAUGCUCAGCGAGAUUUUUGCAAAGGCUGCAAGAUACGUUAGACGCCACGGAAGACCUAGCAAUGUACCUCCGUGGUCCUCGCAAUCAGAAUACUCAAAGAUACUGACUGCUCUGAUGGAACGAGAAACACAGAUGCCAUACAGUCACAGAUUCAAGCCAGCCAAUUUAAGUGAAAGGACAUUCGAUGACCUUCAAGGUAAGAGAGACUACUGGGGUCCAUGGCUACUAAACCAAUUCCUGUAUCAUACGAUCCUGUGCCUUCUCAAUCACCCCCUUCUGCUUUCUCUCAGUCUCAGAAACUUUCGGAGUACAAUUCCGGAGAUAUUCCUGCAGCACACCUCCGAUUUGAUUUCAUCGCAUACGACAUGGAUUAUCCAUUUUAUUGACUACUUCGAGGAGAGGUCUUUCAUUGUCUCGGAUCCUUUCAUGGGAUAUGGUGCCGCCGUGGUAGCAACAAUUGAACUACAAUUGAGUUUUACGGAGAACACCACCAUCCGCGAAGAAAAGCGCAACCGGUUUUCCAAAUGUGUUGGGUUUGUGCAAACUCUUGGAAAUAAAUGGCCUCAUAUGGCACGCUUGGCGGACAGAUUGCAGAGGCUGGAAGAUGCUGUGUCUGCAUCCUAUGAAUUGGAAUCUGGUGCCCAAAACAAGUACUUACUCAUAGACCUCUCACGUUUCUGGGAGAUCCUCGAAUAUUCCUCCAGUGACGCAGAUUCUGCCCGCCGCAUGUUCGGCGAUUCCCUCUACACAGAAGCUCCUACGCUUGGUGCUGAAGUGUCGCAGACAUCCCCCUUACCCGAGCCUUUUCGUCUGCACUCGCAGCAAACCACGUCGCAGUCGCCAACGUCUCAAUUCAACAUUCAAACUCCCCUCGCCACAGGUGUACAGUACCCUAUGGGAGUUGGUUCUCCCCUACACGAUGAAUUCUCAAUACUCGCCGCGAAUUUCUUCUCUCAAGCCCAGGACUUUUUGCGAAGCGGUGAUCCUAGGGAUGGAUUCGGCAAUCUCUGA